UCGUAUACAGUAUACCAUAGCAAGAUGGCAUCUACAUGUGAACAAGUGGAGCAAGGUAAAACAUCAUGGCCGGAGCUAGUUGGCGAGACAGGAACGUCUGCUGCGAGCACAAUAGAGAAUGAAAACCCGUUGGUUGACGCACGUAUUAUCUUAGAAGGAACCAUUAUCACUCAGGUUUAUAUUUGCGAUAGGGUUCUUGUGUGGGUUAACGAUAGGGGGAUUACGGUCCGUACUCCUAUGAUUGGGUAACAAAUACAAGUUUGAGAUGCGGGUACACAAAUGGUAUGGUUCGGUUCAUCAUGUAACGAUAUAUGUUAUUUGGCUACUAAAAAUAAGAACAGGUAUUAUGCUUGUAUUUGUGUUUAAAGUUUCAUAUGUAACUUUCUUUGUUGGUUUUUAUUAUCAAUCAUAUGUACUUGUACGUUCUUUAUUUA